CCGUCCGCUGGACAAGUUGUAUUUAUUAUUACGGCGCAGUUGUUGGUUUUUUUUUUUUAUAUCGUUUUUAUUUUUUCCGUACCACUUUGACUCGUCGCGCACCAGCCAAGUGUAAUAUUACUGUACUAAUUUUUUUUCUGCUGACCUCCAUCAAAUUUGCUUUUUACGUUUGCGAGUAUUGCAUUUGUACAAUACUAGUGGUGUCCGUAAAGUAGCCAUACCGAGUAAACGACAUUAUUCUGUCACAUCACUUUUGGGUCUGCUCAAACGUAAUUCAUUGCAUUCUCGUCGUUUCCUGGAAAACAGUCGGGCCAUGUCCGACGGCGAAGGUUCGGCGCAGAUCGCCGCUGUGGAAACGGGCGGUCAACCGGACAAUAUUACGGUGGUCAUUGAUGGACAGCAGCAGCAGCAGCAACAGCAGCAAAACGUAUCCAUCACCAAAGACGACGGUGAACCUAAUCCAAAAAAGGCCAAGCUUUCCGGUGGCGGUAAUGACGUGUUCGGUCGGGGUGGCGGUGGCGGCGACAAGCAGCACGCCGCUUCAGAAAAGCUGGAACAUAGGCUGGGAGGCAUACUGUGCUGCGCCGUGUGCUUAGAUUUGCCCAGAUCGUCCAUCUAUCAGUGUACAAAUGGGCAUUUAAUGUGCGCUGGAUGCUUUGCUCAUUUGUUAGCUGAUGCACGUUUACGAGAUGAAAUGGCCACAUGUCCUAAUUGUCGUGUGGACAUAGCCAAAAAUACAGCUACACGUAAUUUGGCUGUUGAGAAAGCAGUUAGUGAACUUCCAUCGGAGUGUCAGUUUUGCGCCAAAGAAUUCCCACGUAACACAUUACAACACCAUGAACAACAGCUUUGUGCAGAACGACCAGUAAAAUGUGGAUAUAGUAAAAUAGGCUGUCCUUGGCGUGGACCCAGUCAUGAAGCAUCUGAACAUGAAAAAAUGUGCCCUCACCCAUCAUCUACGGGAAAAGAUGUUAUGUCCGCACUUGAUGCUAUGGACCAAAAGUUUCAGGAAGAGAAACUUUUAUAUGAUACCAUAUUUGACUUGAUGAGUUUUGAAAAGAUAACAUUUAAUGAUUUGCAAUUAAAACCAUACAGAACAGAAGAAUUUGUACACAAAUUGUAUUAUGAAACUGCCCGAUUUUCAGCAUUCAAUUUUCAGUGGGUAGUCAAAACCCGCAUCAAUAACAUGCAAAGAGACCCAGCAUUAAGUGUUGAUCGUCACAUGUCAUACCAGCUGAUUCUGAAAACCAAAAUCCCCACACCCAUGUCUGUCCAUUAUCUAGUAGUUAAAGGACCAUUUGGUGAUAUGAAGGUGAAUCCGAAAAUUUAUAAGUUUGAAUUCAACGAGAAUGAAACAGAAACACAAUUUGUAACAUUGCCAUUACCAGACUCAGCCGAAUGUAAUCGGCUGUUAGCUGCCAAAACAAUCAACUUGAGGUUGAUAAUGUUUUUGGUGUCGAAAUAAUCACAAAAUCAAUACUUAUAUAUAUAUAAUAUAUAUAAAUAAAGUAAUAUUUAAUCAUCAAAAAGCUGUUUCCACUUAUAUUAUUAAAAUGUUUAUUUUUUUUUUCAUUAUUAUUUACCUAGGCGUAUAUAGAUAUAAUUGUUUUUUUUUUUUAAAUUAACAAAGCGUAUUAAGCUAUUUUUUAAAAGUUUUAUAGUUUAUUUUUAUCUUAUUAUUUUAUUUUAUGUUAUUGUUGACGUCAUUUCCCCAUGGUUUCACCUUGCCCUCUAGCACGUUUAUCUUUCCUCAUUGUAUUGUAUUUUAAUAUUUUAUUGGACAUAAAUAAAGUAACACUUCAGAGUUAUUAUAUAAA